AUGGUCAAGGUGUGGUGGCAGAUACAGGAGAGUCACACUGAGGAGCACCUUCAGCGUAAGGACCUGUACACCACACUCCUCAUGACCUUAGUAAAACCCGGAGGGAUCGUCUCUUCUUUAGGACACAAGUUCCAGGCUCCACCUCCACUCAAAGAGCUUCCCUCUGCGCGGUUACUGCGACACGCUUUCCUGCUGUCAGAGGCCGAAAACGUGCAGGAUUACCGCAGCCAGAUACUCUCCACUUUUGGCACUGUGCUGAAAAUGGAUUCAACCAAGAAAGUGGUGAAAAAGCUGUCUGGGGAGGGUCAAGGCUCAGCUGAGUGGUUCACCAGCAUCGGAAACGAGCACUCGCAAAUCGUUUCAUUUGUGCUGACCUGUGAGGAGUCCACAGAGAAACUGGGGCCAAUGUGCAGAGGAGUCGUGGAUAGGUUUCGGUUGGCCAAUCAACCUGUCCCUAAAAUACUGUAUGUGGACCGUGGGUGUUGCCGUGCACAGGGCCCAACAGCAGUGGAGGCUCUGUUCCAGCCUUGGGUGGACUGUGGGAUGGUUGUGCGUCUGGACAUCUUCCACUGGAUCCACCGGUUCGAUGCAGCCAUCCGCACAGAGUCACACGCAAAGUACGCUGCUUUUAAGUCUGCGCUCGCCGGAGCAGUGAUGGCCUACAAUCGUACAGACCUAGAACUGCUCAUUAAGGCUGUCAAAGCCAAAAAUCCAGCAGCACUGCAGUCUACGUCUGACGAGGAUAUUGUCAGGCACCACAUCUCCAGGGACCAGCUGAAGCAUCACGUGCGGAGGGUCACACUCGGGGCUCAGGAAACAUUCCGGCUCAUCCAUCUUGCCAUCGAGGAGCUGAAAGGUCCUGCAGGAUUGGACGAGAGUGGAGUGAGCCUCUUCAAAACACCUGAGGCCAUUGAUGAGGUGUGGGCAGCACAACAGAGACAUCUGGAGUGCAUCCAGGAUCCACCAGACAUGAUUAUGUACAGGGUGGCACAUAUCACAAAAAUUAACAGCAUCGACGUGCCUUACUACAAGUGCCUGCGUGGAAGCAACAGCCUGAAAGGAUUCCACAAGGUUCUGCCAAACAUGAUUCCAGGUCCUCACUGUGCAGCACGGCCCUAUCAGGUUUACCUGAUAAGUGGCAUCGCCCGGUGGAACUCUGACAGGAGCUCUGAUGCAGUGUUUGGGGGCAGAGGACAACGGCACCGGAACUACUCGGCACCGCUGACUGACCGCCUCAACACCCGCUGUCAGCUGCUGUUUGGAGAGACUGUGGAGGAGAACUUCAGGGCCCCUGCUGCUGUCUCCUCCAAUGAGCUGCUUGGGCUGGAGUACCUGUUCAGUCAGAGCACUGGUGAAUCCGGACCCUUCUCUCUUCAGGACAUCGUCAAAGAUGGACCUGAUCCCGAGGAGGAGGUGGUUCAGCCUGGGCAGCCUGAUCCAGAUGAGGCGUAUCUGAGCGAUGUGGAACCACAUGAUGACAUCCUGGAAGCUGACCUGCCUCACAUCACACUCACCAAUGAGGAAACCGGCACUGUUCACCCUCCUGCCUUGGAGGAUGCCUGCAGUCAGAACCCUCUCCCUGGCUUCCAAAACCUUGAAACAUUCUGCUCUCUGCUGGUGGAGAUUGGACUGACAGAGGACAAGCUGUCACUCACCACUGAGCAGAGAAGCAAAGUUCUUGCAGCCUGGAAUGCAGUGGAGGAACAUGACAAGCAGCCUCAGCACUUCAGCCAGUUGUACAGAACACACUGGGGCAACACUUUGUACUGCCGUACAAAGCGGGAUGAUCUUGUUGAUGCUGCUGUGGUGCAAAAGGUGAAAAUGGCGAAGCGCUACGCACCAGCACAACAAGACAUCAGUGCUCUGAACAACCGGCUGAUGUACGUGCUGGUGAAACUGCUGUGGCUGCGAUUACCGACUGGAUCUCUUUCAAGUCCGGAGAAGGUCUGCAUCUUGAAGGCCUACGAGAGGAUCCAGCACCGGGUGUUGGUGGAGGAUCCUGUCCUAAGCAGAGCAGGCAUUCCUCUGCCAAAAAUUAAUAUCAAGACUGUACCAGCCAAUAAGUCAGACCUCUCAGAGAAUGGCUGA